AUGAGCCAAAAUACUAUGCAUGAUCAAUCAUCAUCAACGAACUCACCCCUAUUGCCAAGCAAUAUACAAAAUAUGCCAAUAUCAAACCGAAGAAGUCCUUCGAGAAUUAAUCCAAGAGAAGUAUCCGGUGCUCGUCGUCAAUCUGGUGUUCGAAGAGGAAUUUCAAAAACAAAUGUUUCUUCUAGUUAUGGAAGAUCUUCAAAAGGUACACCUCAAUCCAGAAGAGAAAACAAAAAAAUUGAUAUUGAUCUUGACAUUCAAACUGCAAUGGACUAUGAUGUUAAUAAUGUCAAUAAUUCAAGUUCACCUCAGCGUGAUGAAGAUGAACAACAAAAUUUAUUAAAUAUAUCAAGUGCUAGUGCUGAUACAACUAUAGCUGCAACUUUAAAUCAUAAGAAUCGAUUAUUAACACGACCAAUCGAAUAUUUUAUACAUGCUAAUGAUGGUGAAAAGGUUAAAUAUACUGCAGCCAUUGAAUGCAUAGUGAAAGAUAGUUUAUCUUUUGGAACAUUUCGACGUGCUAGUAUGCAACAUUUUCUUGAAAUAAUUAAACCUGGUUAUCGUGGUCCAACACGACAGACUGUUCGUAAAAAUCUUGAUGAAAUGUAUCAAGAACGACGUUCUUCAUUAAAAGAAAAAUUAAAAAACAUUGCUCAUAUAUCUUUAACUACAGAUCUUUGGUUAAAUUCUCGUCGAAAUCAUUUUAUUGUCAUUACUGCUCAUUAUCUUGAUGAAUAUCAUCAGCAUUUAUCAGAUAUUAUUUCUUUUCGACGAUUCCGUGGUCGGCACUUUAGUGUAUGGCUAAAGCCAUUUAUAAUUAAUGAAAUUAAAAAAUUAAAUAUCGAAUCGAAAAUUAUUUCGAUAACUACCGAUAGUGGUAGUGACAUCAAGGCUGCAACGUCAUCUUAUGAAUUUGGAUUAAGAUUUUCUUGUGAUGCGCACAACAUCAAUCAAAAAAUAUCAAUUGGAUUAGGUUUAUGGAAAGUUUCAACAUCAAAAGGUGUAAAAGCACAGAUAACAACAACAACACAUGCACCAAGCAACGAUUCUGACGAUGAAUUAGAAGCAAUACGUCUGAUUGAUUUUGAUCUAACGUCUGAUGAAUGGGUUGACGUCAAUAAUCCUGAUCUCGAUGACGAAGAUUAUGUACCAAUUAUAUUUGAUGAAAAUGAGAGCGAUCGCUACUCUGAUAGUAGUGAUGAAUAUGAUGAUGAUUUAAUACUAUCUCUAGAGGGUGCUACAAAUCCAAAUCCGAGUUCAAAUACCAAGGGUUUGCUCCCGAAUCCAAAUCUUAAUCAAGAUUUGGUGCAUCCCUAA